AAAUACAGAUACUCAUCUAACAUUUAGCCAUCCAGCAAACUAGAAGAGCUAAAAUGGGAUUUGUUAUCAUUUCGUUUUAUAUCUCAUUCCUUUGUGUGAUUCAACAUUCAGAGUCCUUCAACUGGACAUUAAAACCAGCCAAUCCAACAUUGGUAACAAAAGGAGAAGACAAUUCACUCACAUGGAAGUUCAAUCUAACUGCUGAUGAAGAGACUAACAGUCAGACAUUCUAUCUUAUUCAGUGGACAAAGUUAAGUCAGACAAGUUCAGAUUAUGAUGUGAUUGCUUCCAUAACCUUUUUGAAUCUUGUUGGGAUAGCUAGUUACACUGAACCCAGAGCCCCACAUAUUGAGAUUGUCAGAAGUGAUCAAGCCACAUUACUCAUCAAAAAUGUCAGGACAGAAGAUGAAGGAACGUACAAGAUUGAGUACAGUGUACGAUUUGGUGGGACUCCUAUUGCUGACCAUGAAGUAAAUGUUACAGUUUUAGAACGCCCUCAGAUUGUAACUACAAGCAAGAAUCAAGAUGUUUGCGAGGGUUCUACGGUUACUUUGAGUUGCGAUGCAACUGGUAAACCAGCACCAAAUAUUACUUGGACAAGAGUGCGGGAAAAUGGCACUGACAGUAAAGAAUUACCGUCUGUGGAUGGGUAUCAUGUCAUACACAAUAUCAGCAGAAGCUCUAAUGGGACAUACCGCUGUACAGCUUUCAGUGGAGUUGGGGAUCCUAUUAAUCAGACAUUGGAGGUGAUUGUAGGAAAUUCUCCGUCUGUGGACAGUGCAGUUAUCUCUCCAAAUACUGCAAUUGAAGGUUACCCAUAUCACCUGAAUUGUGAGGCAUCUGGGGUUCCUGUGCCAAGUGUUUCUUGGAUCAAAGUUAGCAAUGAUGAGCACCAUGCUGGGAAAUUAUUAAAUUUCACCAGCAUUAGCAGAAAUGAUGCGGGAAAGUACAUAUGUGAAGCAAGUAAUAGAUGUGGAAAGGACUCUAAGACCGAGGCUAUCAAUGUGUUCUGCGCUGUUGGGAAACAAAGGACUUAUGACGAUGAAAGAGGCGUUUACGACAAUGGAAUACAAUUACAAGAUAUCGAACCAAGUCAGCCCGAUUCAGGAAAACUCACACAGCCUCUUGCAGAAUACGUGGAUCUCACAGAAGCUACCAGAGAUAAUAGUAGAGCACUGAGUGCCGCCCCAGGUGCUGAUUACGCGCCUCUUCACCCAUUAACACGGUCCUGGGAAGUUCCAAGAGAUCACGUGACCAUAGAAAAAAUCAUCGGUAAAGGUGCUUUUGGUCAAGUUGCCAAAGGAACUGCAGUAAGACUUCGAGGAAGGCAUGAAACGACCACAGUGGCUAUUAAGAUGCUUAAAUCAAACGCUGCUGAAUCAGACAAGAGAGAUUUGAUGAAAGAACUUGAAACAAUGAAGCAGCUGAAACCACAUCCUCACGUCAUUAAACUUCUGGGUUGUGUUACGGAAUCUGAGCCGCUGUUGGUGUUGAUUGAAUAUGUGCCUUUUGGGGAUCUGCUUGGUUACUUGAGAAAGAGCCGUGGAUUAAAUGACACAUACUACAAAGACCCAAAUAUCAAACCACAAACAAAUCUGACAUCACAGCAGCUAAUGCAGUUUGCCUGGCAAAUCGCAGAUGGAAUGGGGUACUUGUCCUCAAAAUCUAUCCUCCAUCGCAACCUGGCAGCCCGUAAUGUGUUGGUUGGACAAAAGGAAACCUGCAAAGUGACAGACUUUGGAAUGGCCAGAGAUGUGCAGCAGGAAAAUAUUUAUGAGCGAAAGACUAAGGGCCGUCUUCCCGUGAAGUGGACUGCUUAUGAGGCCUUAUUGUACGGAAAAUAUACCACCAAAAGUGAUGUUUGGAGUUAUGGAGUGGUGCUUUACGAGAUUUUCACCAUAGGUGGUUCACCUUACCCCAGAAUGGAUGGAAGAAAACUUGCAAACUUACUUCAGGAGGGAUACAGAAUGCCUAAACCACAACACGUCGAUGAAAAACUGUAUCAGAUCAUGGUGAAAUGCUGGAAAAAUGACCCGGAUGCAAGACCAACAUUCACUGAAUUGAAAAAUCAGCUUAAGGACAUGGAAACCCAACAUAAGAGGCUGAUCAACAUGAGUAUGUACGACAAGCAGUUGUAUGCAAAUGUCGAGGAUUUAAUGGUGUAGUUGGAUACACGUCCACGGUGUAUGAUCGGCUAACGGUUUGAACACUUUGCCACAACAAGUUUCAGGGAUUAAUCAUCUUUGCCUUAAACGAUUACGUUGUGCUUUUUAUAUUCUUAAGCGGCGAAACGCUAUUAUUUGUUUUCACUCGCUUUACCGAUGAAGUAUAAUCUCGUAUUUCUCGUUAACUUGUUAAGCAUUUACACGUAUGCUCGACUUAAUUAAGCAUUUGUGACCGGUUUAUUUCAAGCUAUAUUCUGAAAGGCAGGGCUGCACACUGACAUUUGAUGACGCGUUUUGAUAUCUUUGUACUGCAACCGUACCUCCCGAGAGAGAAUCUCAAUUACCAGAUUGAUUUUGUUAAUCUUAAGAAACUGUUUUGCCGCAAAACCCGCUUGUCUUGAGGAAAGCUAUCGUGCGCAUAUUAUUGCUUUCUCUAAGCCUGUAUUUACUUGCCAUACUCAGUGGAAAUAUUUUUACACUGAAAGUAUUAGAAACAUGAGCAGAAUUCUUUUUAAAAUUAUACUUGGUACGUUAUUCUACAUGACAGUAGGUCAUUUGGCCAAGAAAGCCAAUGGUGUUUUGCGCAUACCAGAUACCACUUCUCUCCUGAUCCUGGGUACGUGUUUAAGAACGAGUCUUUGUAAGAAUAAAAAAUCUUCGAGGCUUUUCUAUUUCCUUUCGGUUGUAUUUACUUCAGAAUGCAUGGAAAUCUGCUGAAAUAUCGAAAAAUGUCCAUUUCUCUUCUUCUUUGGAGCGACCGAUGAAAUACGGCGUGACGCCAUCGUGAUUACGUACAUAUUUAUGACAAAUGAUCGGUGUUAGGAUAGUUUCGUGUGAUAGCCGACUUAAGAAUGUUUCAAAUGACAUACAAGUAGAACAGUGUACUGUCAGAGGAUUUCGGAUUGCUCAAGUUUCUAUGAAAGAAGGUGCAGCACUCGGAAUCUGGAUAAUAUGCACACGAUUUGAGGUAUAUAUGUUAAUAGUUACGUCGGGUAAUCCUCCACGAAAGCUGACCAAUUUUGUUUAAAGAUGACAGCCGUAAGCGAAAUUUCUCUUCGGGAUAUUGGUCAUACGAUAACAUUCUUUCAGAACCCUGCCCGGUUCAUUUGUCUGAAACGUUUUUUGUUGAGAACAUUAGAUGUCAACAUCGCCAUAUUAUGCAAUAUAUGAUUUUUUAGCUUCUUGAUAAUAAAUUUUUUUUUACAAUAGAAAUCAGCGAUGAAAUAUUGGAAAAC